AUUUGUCUCCUUAAAAUGAAAUUAGCCAUUUUUUGUUUGGUCACGCUGUGCGCUUAUGUCGACUGUGGUCACAGGAUAAUUCCAGGGCAUUUGCCAUAUGAUGGCUACCAUGAUUUGCACCUACCCCAUGAUCCACCAUUACACCCAGUGUUUGAUAAAGUACCAAUAACAUCAUUUACUUGUGCAGGGAGGGAACCUGGUUAUUAUGCUGAUGUCGAGGCAGGAUGCCAAGCUUACCACAUUUGUGCACAAAACACAGCAGCAUCGUUCCUAUGCACAAAUGGUACCCUCUUUAAUGAACAAUUCCAAGUGUGUGACCAAUUUUACAAUGUCCGAUGUGGAUCUCCUUAUAUAGACCUAUAAUUUAACCAUUGAUUUAUUUAUUUAACUUAUUAAAUAAAAAUAUUAAAA